AGGAGUGUUCCAGCUCAGACAGGGUCACUCGCGCAGGCUGCAGGUGUGUGUGAAGCAGGUGCAGGACUCUGGGACUCUGCCUCUGCUGGUGGAGGCUGUUCUGUCUGUCUCUAUCGGCUGUGUGUCAGCACGCUCCACCAAGCUACAGAGACCCCUGGACAGCUACCAGAGGGAGGAAGAGGAUGGAGAUAUGGAUAGUUAUCAGGAGGAGGACCUGAACUGUGUGAGGGACCGCUGGUCUGAGGCCCUCAUCAAACGACGAGAGUACCUGGACGAGCAGAUCAACAAGAUCAUCAACAAACAGGAGAAGUCAGAAGAGGACAUGGAGAGAGAGGCCAGGCUGGUGGAACAGUGGGUAGGGCUGACUGAGGAAAGGAACGCUGUACUGGUGCCUGCGCCUGGCAGUGGAAUACCUGGUGCCCCUGCUCACUGGGCUCCCUCUGCUGGGAUGGAAGCUCACAUCCCUGUCCUCUUCCUGGACCUGAAUGCAGACAACCUGACAGUGAAUCAACAGUUAACAGGACCCAACGCUGCCGGGGUUAACUCUAUCCUACCCAAAGAGCACGGCAGCCAGUUCUUCUACCUGCCAAUCAUCAGACACAGUGAUGACGAGGUGUCAGCGGUGUGCUCCUGGGACUCAUCCAUCCACGACUCUGUGCACCUGAACCGCGUGACGUCACCCAACGAGCGUAUCUACGUGAUCGUUAAAUCCACGGUGCAGCUCAGCCAUCCUGCCUCCAUGGAACUGGUGGUCCGCAAGAGGAUCUCUGUUAACAUCUACAACAAACAGAGCUUCACCCAGAGUCUGAAGAGAAGGAAAAGGAUUCACCAUGAGAUCCUGUCUAAUAUACCAAAGGCGUCUGAGGAGCCUGAGGAGAGAGAGACUCUGGCCCUCAUAGCAGCGAGGGGAGACGGUGAGGAGAGUCAGGGUGGACAGACCUACAUAGAGCAAUACACCAGAGGACUUCUGGAGGUGGAGAAUAUACUGAGCCUGGAGAGACUCAGACAGGCGGUGACGGUGAAGGAAGCUCUGUCUGUUAAAGGGAGGAACAUCAGAAGGAGCUUCAGCACCCCCAAUGUACAGCAUACUUCCUGCAGCAAAACAGACCUGAUUGGCUGGGAGGAUGUAGACUGGAAGGACCAUUGUGACCUUCAUCAGGAUGUCUCUGACUGUACUCCCCAGGACGGAGGUUCUCUGUGUGGGACGCCACUCAAAAACAAGACAGAGAAUCACGGUCUGGUACCAGAGAGCCCCACCUUCUUCAACUCCAGCCCGUUCAAGGCCCUCUCUCCCCAGACGCCCAAGUUCCUCAAGUCUCUGCUGCCGGUCAGAGAGGAGAGCAAGACCAAGAGAGUCCUGGAGGCACGACCACUCCUGGGACAGGAGAGCAUGCGCUCCUCAUGUGUGGACAGCUCCGUGCUGCUCCCCCCUCCGUGCCGCGGCCAUGCCCCCUGGCGCAGGCCCAGAGCGGGCAGCGAGGGCCACCGCAGCCCCUCCACCACCACCCUCACCCCUUCCACCCUCACCCUCAGUACCUGCACCAGCAGGCAGCUCUGCCUCACACUGCCACACACAGCUGACUCUGAGGAAGAGACAGACAUGGUCCUGAGUUUGGGCCUGGGCUCUCAGGACUUCCACAGCUUCCAGUCCUACAUCCCAGAGGACUUUGCCAACUUUGAGGUGUACAACGCUACACUGGAGAGCCAGGAGGUGGGGGUUGGUGUGGCGGGGGUCAGGGGAGAGCUGAGGGGGGUCGGGGAGGUGGUGGAGGGGGAUAGAGAGGGGCUCCACGGAGCCCCACCGCCAGCAGCUGCACCAGCGGUUACUUCUCCCACAGUGCCUCGGACGCCACGCUCUCUGACGUGCCAUUCGGCGGCAGCGACAGCUCCGACCAGCUCAGCGCCUCCGCACUGGCUCAAGACAGACAUGACCCUGACCGGGAAACCCACAAUCUGCACCCCCCACGAGUCCCCCUCCUUCCACUGCACCAGCACGGGCCGAAGCUGCGCCCAGACCAGAAGUGCCUCGCCGUGCGUAUUCCUAACUGCUCAGAGCAGCCACCCUCACCGUGGCCCCGCAGGUGUGUCCUCAGCGUCAGCCAGGAGUUUACAGACUUCAAGGGGGCCGAUGACGGCAUGGAGGAUCUGGGUGAGCUGGGACACUUCCAGCCUGGGGAUGCAGCACACAUAUCCCCUGUCCCAGCGGAGGAGGAGAAAGAGUGCUCUGGCAGCAGGGACCAGACCUCUGACAAAUCCCCUGGUCGUCAUCAACCCACAACAACAACAACGUUCAUCUCACCUCCCUCAGCCCCACUCACACCUCCACAACGGCAAAGAGUGUGUCGGCAGCGUAGCCGUGCCCUGCCCACCCCCCUCCAUCCCCCCAGGCCAGCUAGCAGGAGGAGAGCCCCAGGUCCAGGAGCCAAUCCAGGGAGACCUACCUCCAGGGAGCCCCUGUCCCAGCCCAAGCUGCCCCAGCCCCAACCCCAGCAGCACUGAGGCCUCUGGGGACUCCUGCAGUGGGGACGAGGGCUCUGGUUCUCCCGUGGCCCAGCUGCCUGACUGGAUGGCUCCCGGGGAGCAGGUGUGGGUGGGGAAGAGGAGCGGCACGGUGCACUACGUCGGCGGGGUGGAGUUCGCCAAGGGGAUCUGGGUCGGGGUGCAGCUGGACCUGGCUGUGGGCAAGCACAACGGGACAGUCCAGGAGAGGGUUUACUUCCGCUGUCCUCCAGGCCACGGGGUGUUCGUCAAGCCCUCCUGUCUCACUAGAGGACCCCCCUCCAUGGACACCACAGACCCCCAGCCUCUGGUCCGAUAAAAUUCACUAAACUCCCCAAAUUCCCAGUCUUUCCAGGAAUCCCAGUUGGAAUAUUCCCAGAAUCAGGAGGGAAUAAGAAGGAACUCAUACCAGCAUUUCUGGAAAACCUGGGAAUUUGAGGAAAGUGACUUUCCACCCAGGACUAUCAUCUAAAGGGGGUCCCCAGAUCCAGAACAGUUCCUACUAGACCAGGCCCAGAUCCAGAACAGUUCCUACUAGACCAGGCCCAGAUCCUGAACAGUUCCUACUAGACCAGGACCAGAUCCAGAACAGUUUCUACUAGACCAGGGCCAGAUCCAGAACAGUUCCUA